AUGUCUGGACGAGGCAAGGGAGGCAAAGGACUGGGGAAAGGAGGCGCCAAGCGUCACCGUAAAGUUCUCCGUGAUAACAUCCAGGGAAUCACCAAACCCGCCAUCCGUCGUCUGGCUCGCCGCGGCGGAGUGAAGCGUAUCUCCGGCUUGAUCUACGAGGAGACCCGCGGCGUCCUGAAGGUGUUCCUGGAGAAUGUCAUCCGUGAUGCCGUCACUUACACCGAGCACGCCAAGAGGAAGACUGUGACCGCCAUGGAUGUUGUCUACGCCCUGAAGAGGCAGGGACGCACUCUGUACGGCUUCGGAGGAUAA